AGAGCUUGAGACUUGGAGGCCCACAGCCCAGACCAAGCAAACCUGUAAGACAAGGCCAGGCCCAGUUCUGCCAAAUGUCUCUCCACCUUCACACAUACACAUCUGGUGGUCCCCAGGGCACUAGAGUACACACCACAACAUAGCCUGGGCUGGCCAACCACACAGGAAGAAAUGUACACACCCACACGGCACUAUCUCCAGAAAGUCACUGCACAUACCAUCUACACUCCUGUAAGACAUGUAGUAUCGCUCAACACAGCACUUAGGCUCGGAUGCUAUACUAUCCCCUGGCCUGCAGACAUGUCUACCCUCUUAAUGCUGCAGUUCAGCACAACGCAGCAAUGCUCAUAUACCAUGCCACAGAAGAAUCCCAAGCUGGCUUCAUAGCUGGCAUCUGGAGCACAGCCAUUCAGGGAAAUAGUCACUGUCAGCACACAGGCAUCUGCCCAGGGCUAUGCAGAUACAGAAAGCAGGGUAGGAGAGAAGGCUUGCUUGCUGUGCUUGAACACUGACUCAGCUGGGAAGGGACAGGGCCAGGAGGAGACAGGCACAAGCCAGAACCCGCCCCUGAGUUGCCCUAGUCCCACUUCAGCCCCGCCUGGCGGCCUGGCAUGGAAGGGGUAGGAAGGAGAGGAGAGAGGCCCAGUGAGCCCAGGCCAGGGCCACUACUGAGUGCUGGGCCUUUGCCACGUCCACACGCCCCUCUCAGCUGGCAAUGUUUUCCUUCCGGAGUGGCUGUGGUGCCUGGAGUACUGACUGGAAAAGGAGCUGUCCUUGACUUAAGGAGUUCUCUGCCGGGUUAAAUGGGCAGUGUAUGAGGGAGGAAAGCCAGGGAGAUCUGAAGCUACUUAUGCCCAGCUGGGGCACAACCCCAGCUGAUGCCCCAAAGAAGCCACACAUCUCACGAGAGGCAUUGGGCCCUGCCCUCCCUCCCCAUGGCACAUGGGCCAGAACCUGACAUUGAGGGGUUGCUGGACCUCAGCUUCCUGACAGAGGAGGAGCAGGAGGCCAUCACUGAUGUCCUCAAACGAGAUGCCCGCCUGCGCCAGCUGGAGGAGGGGCGGGUCAGCAAACUCAGAGCCUCGCUGGCAGACCCCGGGCAGCUGAAGACCCUGACGGGGGACUGGUUCAAAGAAGCGCGCUCCCAGCGGCAUCACCAUGCCCAUUUUGGGUCUGACCUUGUCAGAGCCUCUAUCCGAAGGAAGAAGAGCUCCAGGGGGGACCAGGCUCUGGGAAGUGAUGGUGAGGCAGAGGAUGCUGGGAAAGGCGCCUCCGAGGAAGAGCCGGAGCCCAGGGUCUCCAUAGAGAUGGCUGUUCCCGAGAGGCACAGUGGGACCCAAGGGCCUGAUUUCCCCUCACCAUAUGUAGCCUCAACGGCUUCAGGUCAUGAGGAUGAGCCCCAGGCCGGGGAAGACCCCGGCCGCAGGGGUGUGCAGGUGGCAGAGACCGACACAGCGCUGGAUCCUGAGCAGAGGGUGGAGCAGGAGUCCUGGCCCUCGGCUGCCCAGAUCCAAGCGACCUCCGAGAUCCAGGAGAAUGGGGAAGAGGCCCCGGGGCUUGGCCCUUCCCUGGACCGCAUGCUCAGCAGCAGCUCCUCUGUGUCCAGCCUCAAUUCCUCCACGCUGAGUGGCAGCCUGAUGAGCCUGUCUGGGGAAGCUGAGGCUGGAACCGUACAGGUGCGAGGCUCCGUGCACUUCACGCUGCGCUACGAACCCGGCGCGGCCGAGCUGAGAGUACAGGUGAUCCAGUGCCAGGGGCUGGCCGCUGCCCGGCGUCGCCGCUCCGAUCCCUACGUGAAAACCUACCUCCUCCCAGAUAAGCAGAAUAAGCGCAAGACAUCGGUGAAGAAACGGAAUCUGAACCCGAUCUUCAACGAGACUCUGCGGCACUCUGUCCAGCAGGCUGACCUCCCAGGCCGGGUGCUCAACCUGUCCGUGUGGCAUCGGGAAAGUCUGGGUCGCAACGUCUUUCUGGGAGAAGUCGAGGUGCCCCUAGACACGUGGAACUGGGACUCUGAGGCUACCUGGCUCCCCCUGCAGCCCCGGGUUCCCCCAUCUCCAGAUGACCUUCCCAGUCGUGGAUUCCUCUCUCUGUCCCUCAAGUAUGUCCCUGCCGGCUCAGAGGGAGGAGGACAGCCUCUGAGUGGGGAGCUUCACUUCUGGGUAAAGGAGGCUCAGGACCUUGUGCCACUGCGGCCAGGAUCGCUGGACACUUACAUACAAUGCUCAGUGCUACCUGAUGACAGUAGAGCCAGCCGCCAACGCACAAGAGUGGUUCGAAGAAGCCUCAGCCCUGUGUUCAACCACACCAUGGUUUAUGAUGGCUUUGGACCUGCUGACCUUCGCCAAGCCUGUGCUGAGCUCUCCCUGUGGGACCAUGGGACCCUGGCCAGUCGCCAGCUGGGGGGCACACGCCUCAGCCUUGGUACAGGCAGCAGCUAUGGCCUCCAAGUGCCCUGGAUGGAUUCCACACCUGAGGAGAAGCAGCUGUGGCAGACACUUCUGGAGCGGCCAUGUGAGUGGGUGGAUGGCCUUCUGCCCCUCAGAACCAACCUGGUCCCCAGGGCAUAGCCCUGUCAAACCCCUCUGUACCCCCACACAAAGCACAGCCAUGGCUGGAGUCAAUAAAGUCUGUUUACAGA